GUUGCGGAGGAACGAAGACACAGGUGUGUCGUGUCGCGGUCAUGCAUUCCAUAGCAAUAGCAGAGCAAUCUGUCAGGCAAAGGCUCGGCUCACGGAAGCCAAAACGAGUCCGUGGCUGACCUGUUUGCAUUUACAUCAGACGGUCAUAACCGCUCCCGUACCCCGAAGAUCCUCGGGGACAAAAUAAACAGUGUCGUGUAUGUGAGUGUUAUUAAGUGUGGGAAAGGUAGUGUUAGUGCGAGUCGAUUUUGGUGCCUAAAAUGGCAUUAAACCAAGACGAAUCGAGUAAACAGGUGGUGCGGGUAGACCAAGACUCGGAGACAGACCUGCAAGCGCUAUUUGAUAGCGUUCUUAAACCGGAUUCUAAAAGGCCAUUGCAGGUGCCAUGGAGCAUGCGGAAGCUACCGGACUCUUUCUUCAACCCACCGUCCACGGGCUCCAAGUCUAUCAAUCAUUCGCGUGAGAACUCUGUCGAUUCCGCGUUCGGGUCAUCUAGCGGGGGCGGUAGCACCACGACCGCUGCCGUCAACACGGUCCCGCUUCAAAGUGCUCACCAUCGAGCUCAUAGUUCGCCUGCUUCUUUACAGCAAACUUAUGCCGUUGGACAACAACAAACUGCUGCUACACACCACCACAUCAAGCAACGUUCCUACGACGUAGCUAGUAAAUCGGAUGAUACCACCCCUUUGCCUCCCGGUUGGGAACAAGCCCGCACCCCGGAGGGACAGGUAUAUUACCUCAAGUGAGUAGUACCAAGUACCUGCUCUUCUGUCUUCACCCGUCUCGUCCCCGACCCCUGUACCGCGGCGGCUGUGCGGCCUACAGCCGCCGCCGAUGGUUUCUCAGAUGAACAGAAACAGACAUUUCUAAUUCGGGAACGGUAUUACCUGCAUCAAGUCGGCCAACGUUUACGUUGUAAUUUUGGUAUCCAAACUGCGUUAAAAGGGCGACUGUCUACUUGUAUACCUACAUAUUCAAAAAAAGAACAUCUAGCUCUAUCUACUUACAUAUCUGCUACAUAAUGUCUGCCGCUAUUAAUAACAUCUAUUUCUAUUACCUACCAAUGAAUAUUACAUGAAAUAACAUUAUAUUAUUUUUAUUUAACGAAUAAAACUAUUUAAAACAU